AUGAGUGACGUAUCUCCUAAGAAGUUCGACCUCCCACAUCUUGGUGAUGAACUGUUGUGGAAGAUAUUUGUCAAGUCAGAUCCUAAGACUGUUGGCAGAUGCAGGUCUUUGAACCGAGUUUGGAGUUACCGGCUGUCAACACCCUUAUUUGUGAAGCAAAAUUUCAGAGAAAACAAGGACAAGGAUGGGAGUGUUAUUAUUGGUAUCGGGUAUCCGCCUACGGACGAGAACUCACAGUGGUUUGUGAGAGCUGAUGUUGAAACUGGUCGCCAGUUUCAUUUCGGUGUACCAAUGCAGAUUAAUCACUUUGGCUACUAUUCAUUGGUAGGAGAUGAUCAUGGUAACCUUUGCAUAAGGUUAUCCUAUGGUGGCCUUAACUCAAGGAUCAUUAUCUGGAACCCCCUCACUAGGGAUAUCAGAUACAUAUCAGAUGAAGCUAGCAAACACUGCUGCCAUGCAGUGUCACUAUAUGCCUUCGGAUACUUGCAGGAUCAGACUGAGUAUCGUAUAGUGCACGUGUACAAGAGACACUAUGCUGAAAAGAAUAUGAAGUGGACACUAUUUAAUUCUAUUCAGAGAGACUGGGUUCACUCUGGAACAUUCCAAAGUAAUGUUCAUAAGCUGGGCCCAAAGCCAAUUGUGCAAGAAGGAGUUGUUUCUUGGAUAGGGUGGGAAGGUGUCAACAAUUCAGAUCCUGCGGCAAUCAUCACAUUUUCACUGCAACAGAGGAAGUUUUCUGAGGACAUAGUUCCUGAGGAUGUAAAAGCUUCCUACCAUGCCCUUAUUCAAAUAAACGACAAUGUUGGGUUCAUGUCUUACAAGAACCUAUGUUUCACACGACAAGUUUCUGUGUGGGGACUUAAACGGUCUGCUAAUGACAAACAUAUAUGGGAGAAGAUGGUAAAGGUAACCGGCCUUGGAAUGCCAUACAGCCCCACUUUAUUUGUGGACAAGGAUGUUAUUACUUUGAUGGAGGCAAGGACUGGAUUUGGAACUUCAAACGAUGGUGAGAGGACAGAUAUCCUUCUAUCAAGGUUGAAGUAUAUGCAUCAGAUCAGGAAACACUUGGUCCAUCGCACAUGGAAUGAAGCUGUUAGUGUCAAGUCAGUCAGUUUGCACUCGAAUGGGCUCUACAUGGUUUAG